AGGCGAAAGCGCCUCUAGCGGACGAAAACCGAGUUCGUCUAGCGUCUAGCUGUGGAACCUAUCAACCACAAACAAAACACGCAAUUGCCGUCUAUAUUGAUAAACCACGUAUUUUCCCUACCCCGCGAUGACGGAAGUGCCGCCCAAGAAGCGCAACGCCUGCGUCAUCGUUCUGGGCGACAUCGGACGCAGUCCACGGAUGCAGUACCAUGCCCAGAGUCUCCUGGAGGACAACUACCACGUGGACGUCAUCGGUUACUUGGAGACGCGGCCCCUGGAUGCACUUGCCCAGUCGCCCCGCUGUCGAAUCCACGAACUGACUGCCGUCCCAGUGACAAACCUCACGCCCAAACUGCGCCUGCUUUUCAAGGCCUUCUGGCAGACGCUUAGUCUGCUGAUGGCCCUGAUAUCGAUACGGCGACCCAGCUUCCUGCUAGUCCAGAAUCCGCCAGGGAUUCCCACGCUGAUCGUUUGCUACCUGUACUGCGCCCUCACCCGCACCAAGCUGGCCAUCGAUUGGCACAACUACACGUACACAGUGCUGGCGCUGGGAAUGUCCGGCGGGGAGCAUAGUCCGCUGAUCCGGCUGGUGCGACGUUUGGAGCGCUACUUCGGCUCCAAGGCACACACGCACUUCUGUGUGACGCGGGCCAUGCAGGAGGAUCUGCAACAGAACUGGGGAAUUGGUCCCGUAAACGUUCUGUACGAUCGCGCGCCUGCUCAAUUUCAUCCCAUCGACCUGCCUCACAAGCACGAGCUCUUCCUGAAGCUGGCUCAAGACUACCCGCAAUUCCAGGCCCAGGACUCUGAACAGUCCGGUGUGCUGGAGGCCACCGCUCUUACCCAGAAGCUCGCGAACGGUAGUGUGCAAUACAAACCUCACCGACAGGCAGUUCUGGUUUCCAGUACCAGCUGGACGCCCGACGAGGACUUUGGGAUACUUCUAAAGGCCUUGCAAGCCUACGAGGAGACGGCACAAGCGGAACCCUUGGUGUAUCCGUCUCUGCUGUGCAUUAUCACCGGAAAGGGACCGCAGAAGGAGCACUACGUGGCCGAGAUCGCCCAGCUGAAGUGGCAAAAGGUGUCGAUAAUCACGCCUUGGCUUGAGAUCGAGGACUAUCCCACUGUGCUGGCCAGCGCCGAUCUUGGCGUGUGCCUCCACUGGAGCACAAGUGGCUUGGACUUGCCCAUGAAGGUGGUCGACAUGUUCGGGAGUGGCCUACCUGUCUGCGCGUACGAUUUUAAAUGCCUAGACGAGCUGGUUAAACAUGGCGAGAAUGGCUUUGUAUUUGGGGACCAUGUUCAGUUGGCCGAGCAGUUGCGCAUCUGGUUCGAGCAUUUUCCAAAAAAUCCAAGUAUCCUGGAGACGCGAGCCGGCUUCCAGCGCAGCCUGCAACAGUUCCAGGAGCUACGCUGGCGGGAGAGCUGGCGACUGAUUGCGGCACCUGUACUAGAGGCAUUUGUUUAAGGCAUUUUUUGUUGUUUAUUAAACAAAAACGUUUGACAAUUACACGCUAAGACAGACUUUCCUA